AUGAACCAAAUACCACCACCGAGACGCCACAAAACACCCUCGAUCGUUUCCUACGCGAGCCAACAGAGGAUGGAAACAAGCUUGUUGCUCUCCCAGAUGCCACUCCGAGCAAGUCGGAAGCAGCGGAGUACUACCGAAGACGAGCCAGCAGUAAGAUCAAGGAUUUGCAAACUUGAAGGGCUUGAUGUGACGUUCCAGAGAGUAAGGACAGGGAUUGAGAGAUGGUUCCCCCCUCACAACAAUUCUGUAAAAAAUGUCUGGGAGAUCGGGAGCAUUUGUUCCUAA